AAGAAGAAAGUAUCGCCGUAAUAAACACGGUUUUCUUAUAUUCUAAGGAUUUAGAUCAUUACAGAACAAUAACCCGUUGUUAUCCAAUGAAAACGUUACCUGACUUUUUCAAUAGCCGCGCCCUGUACUUUAUUUUAUCUUUCAUUCAAAGCAUUUGGCUUCAAUCUGUUUUCUUUUCUUCAGAGCCAAAUAAAUAAAUAUCCUCUCUACUCGCAUUUAUUUAUAAACAGAAUCACAUAAAUUUAAAAUGCUUCGUGCUGCUUUCACCCGUAAUAUUUCUCGUGUUGCUGUCCGUUCAGCUCUUCCUGCUACUCGUCCUAUGGUCAUGGGCAUGGGCAAGCGUUUCUACUCUGCUGGACAUGAAGAUGAGAGCUACGAAUCCUUUACCGAUCGUUAUGUCAAAUUCUUCGAUGGUGUGGAUGAUCUUUUCGAGUUACAACGUGGUUUGAACAAUGCUUUUGCUUACGAUCUCGUUCCUGCUCCUUCUGUUAUUGAAGCUGCCCUCAAGGCUUCUCGCCGUGUUAACGACUUCGCUACAGCUGUUCGUGUUUUCGAAGGUUUAAAGAAUAAAGUAGAAAACGAAAGCCAGUAUAAGCAAUACCUUGAAGAAUUAGCGCCUCUCAGAAACGAAUUAGGCAUUCUGACUAAGGAAGAAUUAGACCAACAACAAUAAAUUCAAUAAAAGAAGGAGAGGGAAAGUUUUAAAAUUGGAACAGUAACUUAGAGUCAAAUGUCUUACUCAUGCAGAGAAGCUGUGCAAUCAAUUCCAUAUUACAGAUUGCUUUUUUGAGACGAAAAUUAUGUUCAAAAAUACUAUAAAUUAACACAGAUACGCCAAAAUAAUCCAUUAAGAGGAUGUACACAUAUUUAUAACUUAAUAAAUCAGAAGAUAUACAUGUAUAUACAUACUAGGUUCAUGCCUAUGUUUAGCAUAAGUGCAUCCUCAAACCAAAAUAGUGUUAUAACCUAUCAUCUGGCUAUAAUGCCAUUAAUUUUGCUAUUCCGAAAUUAUGGGGUGAGUCUUUUGUGUUCCUCUUUUCCGGGGUAAAGUCCGCCUUUUGAAAGUGACGUGGUUAAACCCAGGACACUAGCUGUUGAAA